UGAGAUUUCCCUGCAGUAGUUUGUGUUUCUGCCUCUCCCACAAUGGGGAGGUUUCCUGCAGUAGUUUGUGUCUCUGCCCCUCCCACAAUGGGGAGGUUUCCUGCACUACUUUGUGUCUCUACCCCUCCCACAAUGGGGAGGUUUCCUGCACUACUUUGUGUCUCUGCCCCUCCCACAAUGGGGAGUUUUCCCUGCAGUAGUUUGUCUCUGCCCCUCCCACAAUGGGGAGGUUUCCUGCACUACUUUGUGUCUCUGCCCCUCCCACAAUAGGGAGUUUUCCCUGCAGUAGUUUGUGUCUCUGCCCCUCCCACAAUGGGGAGAUUUCCUGCACUACGUGUAGUUUGUGUCUCUGCCCCUCCCACAAUGGUGAGAUUUCCUGCACUACUUCGUGUCUCUGCCUCUCCCACAAUGGUGAGAUUUCCCUACAGUGGUUUGUGUCUUCCCCUCCCAAAAUGAUGAGAGUACCCAGCUGUAGUUUGUGUCUCUGCCCCUCCCACAAUGAUGAGAUCUCCCAGCAGUAGUUUGUGUCUCUGCCCCUCCCACAAUGAUGAGAGUACCCAGCUGUAGUUUGUGUCUCUGCCCCUC